AUGACCUCUGCAAUGCCCGCAAGAACCAAUUCUUCCGUAGAGGGUUCAAACGACGAUGAAGCUAAACCUUAUAUCAUUGCUUCAGAAAUCGGGAGGGGGAGCUUCGCCAUAGUAUACAAGGGCUACCAUGAAGAAACUCAUAAACAAGUCGCCAUCAAGACUGUUAAACGAGACAAACUCUCUGCGAAACUGUUUGAUAAUCUCCAGAGUGAAAUCCAGAUCCUGAAGCUUUCGUCUCACCGCCAUAUAACUCGAUUGAUUGACAUUGUUCAAUCCCAACACAACAUAUACUUAGUCAUGGAGUACUGUUCAGGUGGCGACCUCACCCAGUAUAUCAAGAAACGGGGUCGUGUCGAAACUUUGGAAUACAUACCGAGACCUGGAGCUGCCCCGCAGUACUACCCUCAUCCUAGAACUGGAGGUCUCGAUGAAAUUGUUGUACGCAGCUUUCUCCGUCAACUGGCCCGAGCUUUGAAAUUCCUUCGGCAACACACUCUCAUUCAUCGGGAUAUCAAGCCUCAGAAUCUGCUUCUGAGUCCCGCUUCUCUUGAAGAAAUGGCCCGUGGUCACCCACUCGGUGUUCCAAUCCUGAAAAUUGCAGACUUUGGAUUCGCUCGCUCGCUUCCCAAGACUAUGAUGGCUGAAACAUUAUGUGGAUCACCACUUUAUAUGGCCCCGGAAAUUCUUGGAUACAAGAAAUACGACGAGACAGCCGAUCUUUGGUCUGUAGGGGCCGUUCUUUACGAAAUGUCUGUCGGCAAACCACCAUUUCGUGCUCAGAAUCACAUUGAGCUGCUAAAGAAGAUCGAAAAAUCCAAAGGCAUCAAAUUUCCCGACGAGGAUCCCACUUCUUCUGCAGCCAAAAGUGGGGGAGGAGGAAGUGAAGCGCUUCCCGUCCCAAGUGACAUCAAGAAACUCAUCCGAAUGCUGCUUAAGCAAAAGCCUAUCGAGCGUGCAAGUUUCGACCAAUUCUUCGGAAGCACCGCAGUUGCCAAAAGCAAGUUCCCAAGGCAGAAGGCGGACGCAGAUUCAGAUGUAUUACCAGUGUCCUCGACGUUAAGCGGGGCUACGAGUACGGAAGGGAGCAGAAAUGAAGCAGAGCCGGAGAAAGGUGCCACUUGGCCUGUCAGACCUGUCACUCCCGAGUCUCACAAAGUAAUUCCUCCGGAAGUACUAGAUGAGAAGGCUAUGAUUCCUCCUAGUAAGUUCAAUUUCCGUCGGACGUCGACAUUGGGUGAACCGGGAAGCACUCCACCUUCAAAUGAUACAGCGACUCCGAGAGAACCGCCUUCGCGGCCACGGCUUGUAUCUAGACAGUCAUCAGCCAGCUCAAAUCGUAGUGCUCGUCCACGAAUACCCGCGUCGAGACCCCUUUCUAUUGACAGUCCCAUCAUACCUGGAGAAACUGACGAAGAUGGGCUAUUACGGCGAGAAUACGUACUUGUAGGAGACACUCGUGCAGUCGAGUUCAAUCGGGCAGUGGAUGAACUUGAGUCAAUACCGCGACGACCUCUGCAAGAACGACGCGUACUUCCUUCGCCUUCUUUAGAAGAUUAUCCCCCCUCACCCGUUAAUAAUCAAUCUCACGACAUAACCUUUCCUCCACCGCCCAGUGCUAUCUCUGCUCCCCCUCUGUCUUCUUCUCCGUCGAGUUUAGCUUCUCGCGCCGCUUCGCAUGCCCUGAACCGUGCACUUAGCUUAGCCUCCAAGAAGCUUUUUGGCACCACCCAGACCCAACAUCAUCGUAAAUCGUCUUCGACUCCAGUAACAACCAGACCACUAAGCUCGCCAUCUUCUCCAAGACGGCCCCAGAUUCUUCCGCUGGGUGCAGAGGAGCGCGAUCCUCUGGAGGAUGAUCUUCUCAGAGCUUUAGAGGAACUUGCUCAGAAAACGGAAGUUUUGACACAUUGGGCGGACGAGAUGUAUGACUAUGUCAAAGCGGUCCCACAGAGUGCGUACACAGUCUUCUAUCUGCUGCCCACGCUCACGCUCACUGUCAUAGAGCCUUUACCCGAUCCUAACAAAUUCAUCAAGCGUGAAGGUGAAGCGGAUAAAAUAGCCAGGAAGCGGAAACAUGCCGAUAUGGAGGCGGAAUACAACGCUGUAACAUGUGUUGCUGUAUACAUGCUCCUUAUGUCCUUUUCACAAAAAGGCAUCGAUAAGCUGCGAAAUUACCAAGAGCAUAUGAGCAUGCGGCAUCCAGAUGGCGAUUUUAUGGUCAGCGAAGGUUUCGAUGACGCCUUAUCAUGGUUCAAAGAUCAUUUUAUCAAGUGCAAUGAUCGCGCUGCCCUCGUCAAAACGUGGCUGCCGGCACAGUACGAUGGUCCCAAAAGUUGGCUCGACCAGUUAGUUUACGAUCGUGCAUUGCUAUUGAGUCGUACGGCUGCAAGGAAGGAACUGUUAGAUCAAGCUACUACUCCUGACGAAUGCGAGAAGUUGUACGAGGAGUCACUUUGGUGUUUAUAUGCACUGCAGGAUGACCUCCUUCAAACCGGUAAUCCAUUCAUGGCGGAAGAUCAGGCGACAAUCGCAACUUGGAUCAAAAGGACCAAGCUCCGCCUUUUCAGAUGUCGUGCGCGAAUGGCCAUGAAUGAUCGGGACCGACUCAAAGAUGCGCGCGCGGACCAGAAUCUUGCUGAUGUCGCUCGGAUUCCUGCUCCAUGGGAUGCUAAACCUUCAGCCAAGGUCAACACCCCGUCGUGA